CACACACACACACACACACACACACACACACACACCGACACGGACUAGCACGACUCACCGCCGCCGUUCAUUUCGUAUAUUAUCCGCUCGUUGGUACUUGGUUUUCGUGCGCCGAAAUUUUCGCGGUCCGCCACUAGUGAAUUAACCGUCGACCAACUGCCGACGCAAUCGUUUUUUAAUCUUUUUUUACAUUUUUACACAGUUUCCCGCUAGGCAACUGAAAACCAAUUCACGACGACGACGACUCCGAUUCCAAUACAAUCAUCAUCAUGUCCGACGUGUCCAAGGAAACGCUGAAGAAAGAGAUCGCCGCUCUCCUAAAAUCAGCGGAUUUGACAAAAACCUCUGCAAAGAAAAUUAGACAGGAACUUGAAAAAAAAUUGGACGCAGAUCUCGAUGAUCGGAAAAAAGAAAUUGACACAUUAGUAAUGGAAGCUAUUAAAAAAGCUAAAGCCACCAAAAAGAAUGGCAAAGGUGAUAGUGAUGAGGAAAAUGACGAUGAUGAUGACGAUGCAGAAAAUGAUGAGGAAGAUGAAGAAGAGGAGGAAGAAGAAGUGAAACCAGCCAAAAAAGCAGCUGCCCCUAAGCGUAAGAAGGCUGAUAGCAGUGAUGAAAGUGCUGGAUCUGACGAUGAUGAUGGUGACAAAAAUGACGGUGACUAUAGCCCUAAAAAAGGUACCCCAUCUAAAAAGAAGGCACCAGUGGCUAAACGGGGACGUAAGAAGAAGGAUGAUAGUGACAGUGAUGAAGAUUGGAAAGGAGCCAAAAAAGGAGCAAAAAAAACUGGGGCCAAACGAGGAGGUAAUAGUGGUUACACAAAAUCAGUAGCACUUAGUCCUGAACUUGCUUCUCUUAUGGGAUCUGAAGCUUUACCACGUCACGAAGUUGUUAAAAAAAUGUGGGCUAUCAUUAAAGAGAGAAAUCUUUAUGAUCCAUCAAACAAACAAUAUGCUAUUUGUGAUGAUGAUUUGAUGAAAGUUAUUGGAGUUAAACGUUUCAGAACUUUUGGUAUGAUGAAGUUCUUAAAAAAUCAUUUUAUAUCAUAACUGUUUUAUGUACUAGAAAAAAAUGUUUACUGAUAUAUCCUACUCCCUCCCUCCCCAAUAUCUUCAUUUAUCUUAAAAUUAUGUUUACCCUUUGUGUUUCUUCAAUAUUUGUGGAAGUUCAUGGUAAUUUUUUUUUUUUUUAUCAAUGAGAAACUGUUUCUCAAGUAUUAUAAUUUUUCAUUCCUAAAAAAAAAAAAUUAAUUAAAUGGUCUUGGCAUGCAAUUUAAGUUGAUGUCAUUUUUGAGUGAAAUAUAUUUUUUUUUAAACUUUUUUUUUCAUACUUUGCACACUUGCUAGGUAUAAAUGUCUAGCUAUAAAUGUUUGAAUGUAUAAACGUAUUUGUAAACAAUUAUAACAAGCAUUUUUGUGUUUUUAGAAUACUUUUACAAUAAUUUUAAGACAUUAAUCUACAUCAUAAUUUUAUUAUAAUUAAUUUAUAAUUGAAUAAUAAUAACUUAAUGCCUAUGAUGUU